AUGACUUCGUCCGCAUUUCGAGAUUCAUUGAACUCCCUAGGGUGGUCUCGAAGAGAUCCGGACGUGCCGGUCAACACCUCCUCGUCGACACCCUUUCUGUCCACGCUCUCGUCUCUCAACCCAUUCGGACAAGGAGGCUACGUUCAGUUACCUACACAUGAGGCUCCAGGAGCGCCUUUGCCCGCGCCGACGAGAAGAGAAGAGGAAGAAGGAUGGUUUGCGUUAAGCCGAUGGGAUCGGCUGCUCGUUUUUGGAGCAUGCAAUGUGGCCGCACUGGCCUGUUUCGUUAUCUGUUUUGCGCUGUUUCCGGUUCUGUCGCUCAAGCCGCGCAAGUUUGCGAUUCUGUGGUCGGUUGGGUCCAUGCUGUUUCUGGCCUCCUGGGCUUUCAUGAUGGGCCCAUUCCAAUAUGCUCAGCACUUGACCUCAGGUGCUAGGCUACCUUUCACAGCAGCCUACUUUGGGUCCAUCAUCAUGACCAUUUACUUUGCCGUCGGGCUUCAUUCCACUAUCCUCACGCUCUUGUCUUGCAUUGUACAGCUCGUGGCUUUGGUAUGGUAUCUGGUCAGCUAUUUCCCCAUGGGCAGCACCGGGUUGCGUUUUGCGGCAAGGGUUGGUGGAGGUCGGGUAGCCGCUUGGAUGAACGACUAG